AUGUCACAAUUGACAUAUGAUGGUCCUGAAGAUGAGAUUAUUGGAAGCAGGAUUCACUUCUGCCAGAAGUUACAAGUUCUAGGAAUAUCCGCCAUGGGAGAUACCUUGACACCUCAAAUCGAUCAUCGUCAUCCCCUUUACCUUCAGCCGUCUGAUACACCUGGAGCACUUUUGAUAGAUAUCAAGCUCACAUGUCCAGAAAAUUUCGGAUUGUGGAGUAGGUCGAUGCGUUUCGCUUUAUUGGGAAAAAACAAGUUAAGUUUCGUAGAAGGAACGUGUGUGAAGAGCUUGUACAAAGGAGAAUUAGCAGAUUUGUGGGAGCAAUGUAAUGUUGCGGUACUUUUAUGGAUUGGAAGGAGUGUUUCACAGGAAUUAUUACCGAGCAUAGUCUAUGCAUCAGAUGCUUCAAAGGUAUGGACUGAGUUCAAGGAAAGAACCUAUGUGAACAACACAACAGUUGAGGGAACUAAUUCUGUUGAAGGUCAUUUCUUUACAGAAGUGGAGUAUAAGCAGUUGGUGAGUUUGUUAAACAAAUCAGCAUCAUCUGGUGAUUGCAAAGCCAAUAUGGCAGGUAUUGUUUCCCUGCUAUCCAAAACUUGUGGUAUUGAAUGGAUUAUAAAUUCAGGGGCAUCUCAUCAUAUUACUUCCUAUAAAGCUGAACUAAUUGACAUUAGGAAAUUAGGGAAUCAAGAAGGUAGAAAAGUGCAGGUGCCAAAUGGUAACAAGUCACAGAUAACUGAUAUAGGAGAUGCAACAAUUUUAGGAGGUCAGAGGAUCAGAAAUGUCUUACAUGUGCCAGAUUUCAAGUUUAAUCUACUUUCAGUAGCCAAGCUGACCAAGGACCUUGGUCUUUACAGUGGCAAGGUGAUGGGGAUUGGUAGAGAAUUUGAUGGCCUCUACAUUCUCCAAGAACAUACAAAAUCAGUAGUAGGAGCAGCAAUAAUAAGGGGGAAACAUGACACAAAAUUGUGGCAUUCAAGAUUAGGACAUCCUUCCAUGAAGGCAAUGCAACACAUACCUACCUUGAGAAAUCUAGAAGAUGAGUAA